GCGCUCACUAACCGCAUGUUCCAACAUUUUUUCUCUUUCAUGAUUUUUUGUGUUAUACGGAAAAAAUAAAAUCUGCUUUCUUGAUAAACAAGAGAAAAUAUGACAACCCACAAUCAAUCUUCAUAUUGCGAAAGUUGUAGUCGAUAUCCCUAUGUCGGCAGAGUAUCCAUAGGAGAAAAGGAAAGUGUUGACUUCAUCUAUCAAUUUGUGACGAAAAGAUUUGUUACCACGAACUACCGGAAUCUUAGCGUAUUCCAUACUGCCCCUGACAUAAUUGGGCCACCAAAAUUUUUAAACUAUGGAGAACUGUUUCAUCCAUCAUGUUCUUUUGGAGGAAAAUAUGUCGAAAGGAAAGAUGGUAUCGAUAUUUCAAUAUCUCCGUGGCAAUACAUAGAUUCCGUGAGAAGUGUUAUUAAUCGUUAUGCCGCAUCCUGUUAUUCAAGGCAGGGGAAUGAUGAUGAGUAUAUUGAUAUCGAGUUUCAUGAAGCCGUAUAUCCAAUCAGAGUCUGUAUUUCCGAAAUAUAUAAUCCUGGAGGAGUAACUGAAAUUUGGGCUCAAGAUUCUAUAAAUAAUCAGUGGUUUCAAUUGUGGGAAAAGUCGCCUCAGAUUGUACCCCCGACAGCAAGAUUAUUCUCUCCGCCCUUAUCACACCCAUGUAACUUUAAAACCAAAAUGCUCAGGCUAAUAUUUAAACAGUGUAGUUCACCUGCCUCUUAUUCAAAGCUAGAUGCUGUGUUGCUUAUUGGUUCAUCAGAUUUGAUCCUUUCUAAAAAUCCUAACGAGAGUUUAAGUAAUCUGUUAAAAAGAAUUAACAGCAUGUACACUCCACAAUAUAAGGAAGUUUAUAAUUUAACAGCAGAUUUAAAAAGUGCACACUUGGAUAUAGUUCAUCUGCAAAGAAAUUUUUCUGAAUAUUGUGUUAUUUAUAAAAGCGAAAUAAGAAGGAUUAAUUAUAAAAGUAAUUUGAAGCACAAAAAGGCAUCUCAGGAGGUAAUCCCAGGUUAUGUGCAACUUUUUGGACAGAAAUACUCGCGUCAUAUUUUACUAAAAAGUUAUUCAAAUUAUGCCAAGCGUAUGAAACUUUUUUCGGAUGAACCCAAGGAGCUAUCACGUUGCAAAUGA